UUCAUACACAUCAGUCCCAAAUGGCACCAUAGGGCCCUGGUCAACAGUAGUGUUCUAUUUAGGGAAUAGGGUUCUGGUCAACAGUAGUGUUCUAUUUAGGGAAUAGGGUCCUGGUCAACAGUAGUGUACUAUAUAGGGAAUAGGGCUCUGGUCAACAGUAGUGUACUAUAUAGGGUCCUGGUCAACAGUAGUGUUCUAUAUAGGGUCCUGGUCAACAGUAGUGCACUAUAUAGGGAAUAGGGCCCUGGUCAACAGUAGUGCACUAUAUAGGGAAUAGGGUCCUGGUCAACAGUAGUGCACUAUAUAGGGAAUAGGGCCCUGGUCAACAGUAGUGUACUAUAUAGGGAAUAGGGCCCUGGUCAACAGUAGUGUACUAUAUAGGGAAUAUGGUCCUGGUCAACAGUAGUGUACUAUAUAGGGAAUAGGGCCCUGGUCAACAGUAGUGUACUAUAUAGGGAAUAGGGUCCCUGGUCAACAGUAGUGCACUAUAUAUAGGGAAUAGGGUCCUGGUCAACAGUAGUGUACUAUAUAGGGAAUAGGGCCCUGGUCAACAGUAGUGUACUAUAUAGGGAAUAGGGUGCCAUUUGAGACAGAACCAUCACCAUAUCAUUACAUAUUUCUCCAAUGUGACUUUAACCAUUUGUGUUGUCUUUCCUGAAACACCAUUUCACUGUAGAGGAAAACCAGGGCUGUAUUCACUAGGAACCAAACAGAAGCAAGUGGAACAAAACAGGGAGGGACUUACCUGAAUUUGCCCAAUAGAAACUCAAGUUUUGUUGAGAAACAUUUUCUAUUGGUAGCUACGUUGCAAACAUUUUUUGUUGCGUGUGUCUUGGAUGGAAUCUGUUGGAACGUUCCAACAUGAAUCUGUUCCAAAAAAACCCCGUUGUAAAUAGCAAGGUAGCCAACGAAUAACACGGUUGAAGACCCUGUGGAAAAGUUGUAAUAGCGGCAGAAUAAGAUACCAGGGGUAGAGAGUGGGCCAUUUCAUUAAGUUUUCCCACUCAUCACCGUUUAUUCCCGAAAAAUGUCUUCUCAAUCUGAUAGCCUAUGGACAAACGUUAAGAAUUUAAGCUACGUGGUCACGUGAUCAACGUGGUGAUGUUACUUUUACCAUUGAGACACAUCAUCAAGCUCUACCUCUACAUCCUCACCACUCUGCUCUUUUACGUGGGACACCAGAUCUCAAAGGACUAUGUCCAUGGAGAGGUGCAGUAUGGGUAUGACGGAGCCCUGUACCUCGACUCUCAGGCCUUCAACCGAUUUGUCUCUUCCCUGACUAGUCAGGUCAUAUUGAGUACGUUGUGUGCCUUCCUCAUGAAGACCAGGAAGGUGUGGCUGUUCUCUGCCCACCUUCUGCCCCUAUUGGCCCGUCUCUGUGCCAUGCCCCAUAACACCCUGCUAUUGGUCAACACCUUCUCCACGGCCCUGACUGGAAUAGGUGUGGCCAUGUUCCUCCUGUCCAAUCUGUUCGUGCCGUACCGGCUGGCCAGGGCAGCCUGCUCUGAACUGCUUCAACUGGAGGUGAUAGAGCUGUAUAGACUCCUAGCGGUGACUAUCUCUCUCUGGGAUCAGUUUGCAGUGCCAGUGUUGUUCAGUGUGUUCUGGUCUGUGCUGUUUGUGGUCCAGCUGUGUUCUUACUCCAUGACCAACAAUACAACAGGCAGCCACGAGGGGGUGCUGUUCUUCCUCCUCACAAGUGUCUCUGAGUGCUGUGCCACGCCCUACUCCCUGCUGGGCCUGACGUCGGUGGUGUCUUACCUGGGCCUGGGGCUGCUCAACCUCACCAAGUUCUACCUGGGGGGCUACACUGCAGUACAGAAUGACAACGUCAUGCACAGAGGUGUGACUGAGGGGGUAACGUUGCUGCUGCUGGCUCUUCAGACGGGUCUUUUAGACAUGCAGGCUCUGCAACGCACCUUCCUCCUCAGUAUCAUCCUCUUCAUCGUCGUCACCUCCACUCUGCAGUCCAUGAUAGAGAUCACAGACCCCAUCAUCCUGGCCCUGGGGGCAUCUAGAAACAGGAGUCUAUGGAAACACUUCAGAGGUCUCAGUAUGUGUCUGGUCCUGCUGGUGUUCCCAGGAUACAUGGCAUAUAAAAUCUCCCAGUACUUCCACAUGGACUUCUGGCUCCUCAUCCUGGUCUCCAGCUGCAUGCUCACCUCUCUGCAGGUGACAGGUACCUUGCUGAUCUACUUCCUCUUCAUGGUUGAGCUGUCCUGUAGCGACCCUAUAGACAGCCUGGAUGAGAUCAUCUAUUGGGUCAAUGCAGUCAGCCGCGUGCUGGAGUUCGUUGUGGCUCUCUGCGUGGUGGCCUACGGGACCUGGGAAUCUCUGUUUGGGGAGUGGAGCUGGAUGGGUGCCUCAAUCAUCAUCAUACACUGCUACUUCAACGUGUGGCUCAGAGCCCAGACCGGCUGGAGGAGCUUCCUGCUUCGACAGGAAGCAGCCAAGAAGAUCAACUCCCUCCCCCGGGCCACGGCCAAUCAGCUGCAGCAACACAACGACGUUUGUGCCAUUUGCUUCCAGGAAAUGAGCUCAGCCGUGCUGACGUACUGCGGACAUUUCUUCCAUGGAAACUGCCUGCGUAAGUGGCUCUACGUCCAGGAGACUUGUCCCAUGUGCCACCAGGCCGUCCGCCCCACCCCGCCAGCCCACGCCCCAGCCCACGCCCCAGCCCCAGCCCACGCGGCAGGAGACUUCCAGGCUGCUCCUCUGCCCUCUAGAGGUACUGGGCCAGGCCGGGUAGAGGAGAGGAGAAGCUCCAGAGAUCAGACUCCAGUCAGGGACGCCACACACCAGCCCCCAGCUAACCUGCCGUCCCCAGGCUCCCCAGAUCAGCAGGAAGGGACAGAGAGCCUGGGAGAGGGAACCAGUGGUUCAGAUAGAGAGGACAGAACAGGACGCCCACUUAAGGAACCUGUCCAGGAUCUCCACUUCAGCUCCACUGGGGACUUUGUAGGCUUCGUCAGCCCACGCUCUUCUGGGGGUAGUCCUAGUCCAGGGAAGCAGAACCUGGAGCCUUGGGAUGGAGCUCAUCCUACCAACAGGUACAACGGUGAAGGGGUUGACUACACGAUCAAAGGACUGUUGGUGCAAUCUGCUCCCAAAGAGCAGAAUGGCAGAGUAUUGACUAGAGUGAAUGGGGCUACACAGAACUGCCAGACUGAGAACAACCUUGUAGGAGAAAACCAAUGUGGACCUAUGUCAGGGACAACAACCAGAAAGACCUCAAGGUCUAAGAGUGUGAGCGGGAUAGGAGACGUCACCCAACAGAUCCGUGAACACAGGGGACGACCACGGUCACACACUCUAGAUGGUGGACAUGCACAGCAGGAUGAAAGCCAAUCAGAACUGGACACGCCCUGGGAUGUUAAAUCUACCCGGCGACAGAGAUCUAGGCUACGCAGUAGUUCUACUAACACCAGAACAGAGGAGGCGGGACUCCGUCACAACAGAACAGAGGAGGAGGGACUCCGUCACAACAGAACAGAGGAGGAGGGACUCCGUCACAACAGAACAGAGGAGGAGGGACUCCGUCACAACAGAACAGAGGAGGAGGGACUCCGUCACAACAGAACAGAACUCCGUCACAACAGAACAGAGGAGGAGGGACUCCGUCACAACAGAACAGAGGAGGAGGGACUCCGUCACAACAGAACAGAGGAGGAGGGACUCCGUCACAACAGAACAGAGGAGGAGGGACUCCAUCACAACAGAACAGAGGAGGAGGGACUCCGUCACAACAGAACAGAGGGACUCCAUCACAACAGAACAGAGGAGGAGGGACUCCGUCACAACAGAACAGAGGGACUCCAUCACAACAGUACCUUGGCGAAGUCCACUGAAAAUUCCCACAAUGCCUUCUUUCUGUGAAACAACGUUGGAAAACUAAUGUCCUACCUUUCAGCUGGCAGUCUGAUAAUACAUGUGUUUAUUUAGUUAUUUAAUUAAUGGUGUCAGUACUGGAUUGGAUUUAGGGGCAAACAUGUCAAACCCAAGAUAAGAAAUGAUAUCUAUGAAAUGCACAAUUAUAGAUUAAGGCUGGGCGGUAUACUGUAUGGGUCAAUGAUGAAUAACAUUUUCAAAAGUAAAAAAAAGAAUUAAGCGGAAAUAUAUUAAUUUUGAAACACUUUUGUAUGUUCCCUAUGCAUAUUCAGUGUUGUCGCCCAAAAAAUGUUCACAUUUUGUCUGUUAAAAUUUACCUCCUAAAAAAAAAAAAUAAUAAUAAUAAUAAUUCGGGGAGAAUAAAAAGAUAAAAAUAUUUUGACCGUUAUUUAAAGCAAAGAAGAGUAAAACAUGAAUAUGUUCAUGGUCUCAAGUAUUCAACAUCAAAGAAGUAAAACCAUUACAGUAUAACAAACAUUAACUGGACAAUCCCUCAUGUUGAAUGAUUGUCAACUACAACUUCUCUAGACAAAUGAAAACCAUAUCAAAUUUAACAACAAAAAAAAAUUCUGAUACAAAAUAAUGCUGUUUUGUAACAUUAAAAACACUGGUUGAGCCAAAUGA